AGUAUUAUAUUUUUUAGCCGCGGCGCCUCAGAAGAGGUCCGAGAAGGGGAUGGGCUGGAUCGUCGUGACCUCCGCGGGCAGCGCGAUCGUGAAGCCGCCCUUGGGCUGCGCCGGUUGCCGCUUGAGCGCCGCGCGCGCGCCGCCCGCGCGCGCCGCCUUCUUGAGCUCCUCGUUCCGCGCCACGCGGGCCUUGAGGUCGUCGCGGCACUUCGAGGGGAUCACGUGCUCCACGCGCACGUUGAGGUGCUUGUUGAUGAUGCGGCCGUUGACCUGCUUGGCCACGCGGACGCCGACCGCGCGCUUGGUGACGUUGUAGACCUGGCCCGUGCGGCCGUGGUAGUGCUUGAAGGGCAUGCCCUUGACCUGGGCCGGGUUGCACUUGAUGUCGACGUAGUCGCCCAGCUUGUACUGGGUCAUGUACGUCGACAUCUUGAUCAUGCCCCGCUGGCGGAAGGGCCGCGAGAACAUGUCGCGCGUGCGCGCGCGGCUGCCGAACGAGUGCGGCAUGGUGUCCUCUCGCCGCUACGGGUCGCCCUCCGGUGGCUACGGACCUGCGCGCCGGCGGCGGGUCGCGAUCUCCGUACGCUUGGCGCGACGGCGGCGUCGUCUCUCCCCUUGGUCGCCGACCUCCACGCCAGCGACGCCGCGAGGUCUGCUUUCGCUCGACGUGGCGUGACGGCGUGGCCGCGCGUCCGUCUCUCCGUCCACGGGCGCGUCUCGCAGCAGUCCGUGUGUGUGCUGGCGUGCCGGCGUCCCGCUGGUGCCACUCGUUCGCUCCGCGCAGGGCCGUGGCGUCCCGCGCGGCGGCAAAGCGAGAGCUGCAAGCGAGGCCGCCUUGUGCUCGCCGUACAUGGUCGCCGCGUGCCGCUCUUUUGCAUUCUCCGCCAACCACACCUUCAGCUCUCUACUCGCCACAGCUUGUCAAUUCCAGACACCGCUAAGGACCUCUGUACGCUAUGCCCGCUGCACCAGCGAUGGUCCGCUGGGGCGAGCGUCGGGUUUUUCUUUGCCGGAAGAAAUCGCACGAAGGGUGGAAUGAUUGCUCCCUCGAGCACGAGAAAGAUCCCUAUUGAAAAUUUACUGAGUUAA